AUUGUCAAGUAGUAAAUUAUACAUUUCGAAUAUGACUUCGAUAGUUAUAUAGCAAAACUCGCAUGUAAUGGCCGACUUCGCGAUUCACUUAUCACAUCCCUAACUUCAUGAUUGUUGUGUGCGGCAUUUGUUUGCGCUGAAGUUCGUCUCUAAUGAGUUUUGUUAUUGCAGUUAUUACAAGAAGGUGCUGUUUAAUUUUGUGUAACGUAAUCAGUUACGAAUAAGCAAACGUUCUUUAAAAAUACUCGACUCUUCGAAAGUAACAAUAUGACAUUGUUCCAUGUCUGGACGCAUUUAGACCUUUUUACUGAUUUUUGUAAUUCAUCGUCAGGUUAGGUUCUUGUCGGGAAGCCGGUUCGGUUUUUGAAUUAAUACUUGCGUAGGUGAACAUAAUAAAUUUAAGUUAGGUUAAUAUUAGAAUAUAGAGUCAAUUUAAGGUCAUCAAAGACCCUUUACGAGGUCAGCGUCAAAAUCAAAAAUAUGGGAUCGUUGAACCUCGUUUGCCCAAUGUGCUGUGGCGAAACGUUUAAUAAUCCACAGUCGUUAAAGUACCAUUUAUUAAGCAUGACGGACAACCUAUACUGUCCUGGUUGUUCGCAGCGAUCCGACUCGGUAAUGGCACUUAUUCAGCAUUUGGAUCGGUGUGGACAGAACACUGAACUGGAUGAGAUGUGUGACACUAAGCAUGAACCCGAACGAGAGAUUCAGCAUGAAUCUGAACCGGACACAGAGGUGCUAAUGGUUGGCACCAAUAAAAAUGAUACAAAUGUUGAAGGAAUAGAUCAAAGCUUCUUGGCAACAGUAAAUGAUAGUGGAAUCAUGAUAGUUGGUGGACCUCAAACUAUACAAGUUGAUGAAAAUGGAGAGAUCAAAGUCGUAGAAAAAAUGGAAACUGAAGAGGUAGAAAUGGAGCAAAAUUCUUUGGAGUUUAAGAUGACGGAAAAAGUUCCUAUUACAACUGCUACUAAGGAAGUGAAAGAAAAGUCUUUAUCCCAGGAUCAACUAGUGACAAUUUCUGCUUCAAAAACAGAUGAUAAAGGCAAAAACAAAAAUAUGAUUACUAUUUUACCUGAUGGCUCUGAACUACUUGAUGGAGAUACUGAAGCUCUGAUAAAUAUGGAUCAUAUAAAUGAUGUAGGUGAACUAGAUGAGGAUGGAUUACUACAUGUUAAACAAGAGCUUUGUGAGAUUGAACCAGAAGCAGUUUAUAGUUGCACUAGUUGUGACAUGAGUUUUAAUUCUGUUGUGGAACACAUAAAACAGUUUCAUGAUGGACAAGAAGUACUACUUGAAAUAGCUGAUCAAUUAGAUGAUAUACCAACAGUACCUGCAGCUAGUACCUUACCUUCAGAUUCAGGAAGCGUGACAAAUACUCGGCAGAGACAAAGUAUGAAUACGCUUCGUACUGAGGAGUGUGUGGACAGUGAAGGAAGAUUAUAUACAAGAAAAGUAGUACAAAUAGAAAGGUUCUGGGAUAGAACUCCAGCUCAAACAUCGAAUCAAUCUGCUAAGGCACCUAUGAUUGAAAAAUUUUUUUCCAAUGUGGAAGGAGUAAAAGUACGUGAAAAGAGAUUGGAAGCCACUCCAGUAAGAAUGUACAGAUGUAAUCAGUGCCUUCAACAAUUCUCUAAAUUAGGAAACUUUCGAGUCCAUGCGUGUCUCCAUGGCAAUAAUCGUUGUGAUAGUUGUGAUCAAACGUUUGCAACGCCUAAAGCACUACAAUUACACGCAAAGGUACAUGAAGGUGAACCUGAUCCAAAUCAAAAAACCUUUAUUUGUGAAACUUGUGGUACAGAAUUUUGUUCGCAUAAAAGUUUGCGUUUACAUUCUCGAAUGCAUGCUCCCGUCAGAGCAAGACAUGUCGAUGCACCCGAAGGAACAGCUAGUGCAACAUUUACGUGUCCGGAGUGUGGUAAAACAUUAGCAGAAUCGUAUAAAGAAGCACACAUGGCAUUGCACUCUGGUGAUUCUGUAACUUGUACAGUUUGCAAUAGAAAAUUUGAUUCUGCUGAUAGUUUAGCAAUGCAUGCCGCAGUACACACGGAACUUAGUCAGCCACAUUCACCGACACCACCUGCAGUAGAAACUACAACAACCGAACCUACCGAAAAUCAAAAACCGUAUCAAUGUCAACACUGUGGUCGAAGAUUUACAAGACCUCACGAGAAAGUGAAACACGAGCGUAUCCACACCGGAGAAAAACCACAUGCCUGCGAAGUUUGCGGUAAAACGUUCCGCGUCUCUUAUUGUUUAACAUUGCAUAUGAGAACUCAUACUGGCGUAAGACCAUAUGGAUGUCAACAUUGUGGUAAAAGAUUUAAAGCUUCUUCCGUUUAUAAUCAUCACUUGCUUACACAUGGAGAAGAACGUGCUUAUACAUGUCCAUAUUGUCCAAAAACGUUUAAAACACGUGUUCAACUUGCGGGACACAAGAACAGUCAUACUAAACCGUUCCGUUGCACCGAAUGUUCCCGACCAUUUGCUUCUUUGUAUGCUGCACGUGCUCAUAUACAAACUCAUAAAAAAGACAACAAUUUGAAGUUCAGCUGUUACAUAUGCGGUGCAUCGUAUGGUAGAGCAUUCGCGUUAAAAGACCACUUGAAACAACACGGUCAAGAUGUGUUGACACCACCAGAACCAGCAAGAGAAGAAGAAAUUCAUGAGGGAGAAGAGUUCUUACUCGCGGAAGAAGAAGUUGAAGACGAUGAGUUAGUUAUACCAUCACCUUUACCCGUUGCACAAUCUUCAGAAGCUGACGAUACAGAAUGAGACUAUAAAAGCUAGUCAGAUGUUUGUUAUAAAUUGUAUUUCAACAUUGUUCACCCAAGCGGCAAAAAAAAUGGCAAAUAGGCUUCUAUUUUACGUAGUGUUCAAAGACUAUCAGCAACAUUUCUAUUCAUGCAUUGAAUAGUAAGAAAUUUUAGUUUUUACGGAAAAAUAAUAUUCUGAUAAGAACUGCUGUGACUAGAAAUGAUAGUGUUUGUAAAUAACGUAUGAUAAAUUUUGUAUAUCCUCAUUGGCAAUGUGUGGAUAGGUAAUGUUACGUACGAAUAGUAAUUGUAUUAUGAAAGACUAGUUUUAUCGUGUUUGUUUAAUAUAUUGAAGUAAACAACCUAUCAUAUUUAAUUCCAUAAAUUGUUUUAACAAUUGAGUUGUGUUGUUGAUUACAACUAUGUUGUAAUUUUUGGUCAUUCAAACCUUUCCUAAUGUCUUGUUUAAUAUUUUAUUUUACGUAUAACAAAAAAAAAUUCUAAUGAGAAACAAAGAUUACUUUUAGUAAUAAUUUAAGUUCUGGUAAUGAUUACAAAUUAUAAUAAAACAAUGUAGAUGUAAGCAUCAAUGCAGUGCUAACCAUUCUGUAAAAAAAUCGAUAAUUCUAAUUAUCGAUAAUUGUUGCUAUUAACAUUAAUAUGUAAUUCGCAUACUUAAUCUAGAAGUCAUAUCUUUAUUAUAUUUCUCAUGCAAAAUAGAAAGACUACACUUUACUGUUUAAUAAUUAAAUAAAAAAUAGUAUUUAUUUGGAUUAUUCAGAAUAUGACUGAUUAGAAAGUAAUUUAUCAAGUACAAAUUAUAAUAGAGUAUAACAGAAUGAGUGUAAAAAUAUUUUUACUUUAAUGUGCCAAAUUCAUAUACCUGUUGAGAAACGAGACAAAAUUUAUAAAAGAAAGAAGAUCGCACGUAAUUUACUGCACAGAAUGUACGUGUGCUCGUAUGUACACUUCUACAAUUAGAUCAAAUGUAACUAAAUAUUAAAAUUCUAUUUAGAUAA